UUUAUUGUCAAUCUAAUUUUGAAUGUGCUGCAGUUAACAUGGCUGGUAAAAUUGCUAUAGUAACUGGCUCUAACAAAGGUGUUGGCUUUGGUAUCGUUAAAGAAUUAUGCAAAAGAGGUGUCGGUGUUGUUUACUUAACAUCAAGAGAUGUGAACCGUGGCAAAGAAGCUAUAGAAAUCAUAGAAAAAGAAAAUCUUCAUCCCAAAUUUCACCAACUCGACGUAAGUAAUGAAGAUAGCGUUAAAAAGUUCGCUGAAUAUAUCAAGAAGGAGCAUAAUGGAGUAGAUAUUCUGAUCAAUAACGCUGGCCUCCUAGAUACUGACUUUUAUAAAAUUAACUAUGACGAUGCAAAAAGAGUUAUUGAUACCAACUACAAUGGAGUUUUAUUAAUGCAAAAGUAUUUCUUUCCAAUUAUGAAAGAAAAUGGACGAGUUAUAAAUGUAUCCAGCGCUUGGGGCCAUAUAACGAACAUUAGAAAUUCACAUUGGAUUCAACGCCUUACUAAAGAAAAUGUAAGCCUAGAAGAUAUAGAUGCCUUUAUUAACUCGUUUUUAGAUUCUGUAAAGAAUGGAACUGUGGAAGAAGAGGAUUUCGUUUCUAAGACAGUUGUUGCAUAUAGAGUAUCAAAAGUAGCACUGGCUGCUUUAACUAGACUCCAACAAAAAGAAGUUGGGAAGAAUAUUUCAAUUAAUACUCUUCACCCUGGUUUUGUUCGUACGAAUAUGACCAAAGGGGCAGGUGAUAUGUCUGCAGAAGAUGCUGGUAUCACCCCUGCAUAUCUAGCUCUUGAUAUUGAUCAGUCCGUUAAAGGCAAGUAUAUUUGGUUUGACAAAACUGAAAAGGACUGGACAGAUACUAGUCUUAUCUUAAUAGAACCAUUUGAACACUUCGAAAAGUGCAUUGAAGAUGCAGCCAAAAAGGGAUAAUUUUAAGAAUCAUCAGUAUUCUUGAGGUUUUAGACAGUGUUUGUUGAAAUACCAAAGUAAUACCUAAGCUAUAUCAUUUAAUAAAAUAUUAUGUUUAUUUAGUAAAAUUCGUUUUA